UAGUUCGGAUCCACAGUAUGUGUAGUGAAUCUUCAAAUCCAUAUUUUGAACUCACUUUUACCAAUAAAAGUGCCUCUAAAAGUGACGUGAAAAAAUGUAGGAACAACCUGAUUGGCUUGGAGAAACCACAUUUAAGGCAAUUUCGUUAACUGAAUCAUUGAUUAUAUUUAAACCACGAAUAGAAACGAGUAUAAAUGAGACAAAAUAAUAGCAUUCAUCGCCGUUCCAUCGGGCUUUCCCAUACGGGAAAAGCUGCAAGAAUGCGAAAAAAUUACUGAUAUACCACUGGAAAGCGAUAAGCAAGCUUUGAGCCGUAAGAAAUUGACCGAUCAUAAUUGAUUUUCCUCCCAUAAUUCAAUCGUGAUUAAUCAAUUUCCUACGGCUUAAAGCUUGCCGCAUCUAUCGAUAGAUAAGGACUUAAGUCCGGGCACUUUAGUGAACUUUCCUCCGAUUGGUCAAGUUUCAAUUCAAUCUUUAUUCUAAUCCGUGGCCUGACACGGGCUCGAUUGCACCUUACUUGUAAUCUUCAAUUGAUUUUAAUCAUGAUCUCCGUCGCGUAGCGUCUUCCGUUGCAGCGACAACUUCCCCCUGAAAGCGGAACGCGCUCGCGAAAUCGAAUCACGACGUUCGUCCGGCUGCUCGCACAUGAGAAUUCAGCUAGGCUUCGAAUGCGCCCCCACGCGGUUCGUUGCACGAGCACGGCGUCCAGAGAGAGAGACUGGUCAUGUCCGUAUUAUCGAUAGCAGCGAGGACUCGCCCGCUCCGCCAAGCGCUUCGCUCGCCCAGCUCUGCCGCGUAGGACUCGUCGGAUUGAUCGCGUCGUUCUCUCAUGCUCGCUCGCUCGCUCGCUCGUUCGCUGCACGAGGCGCGAGACUCAGAUUACAAUUCCGCAGGUCCGUCUCUCACCUCCGGCUUGCAGUCGUGAACGGCGAUAGUCGUUCUCACUCGGCGCGGAGAACGAAGUCUUCGGCGAUCGCUGCGGCUGCGACACCGGACGGAGCGAGAACGUGGUGGUUGUAGCUCGGCCAAACCGCGCGAGAACCCGAACGACAAGCCGUCCAUUGACGGUGGGAGAAACUAUCACGACGACUACGACACCGAGGACGACGACGACGACGUCGUCGUCGACGUCGUCGCCGCCGCCGCUGCCGACGCGCCUCGUGGUUGUCAGGUAUUCCCGCGGUAUCCACGGGAUCUCCCAUGUGCCUGUUCCACGUGGACGCCGUGCAUACACGCCUUAGGAUACUCGAGGUCGCGGGACGCACCGGGAAUCAUGGACGUUGAUUGUCCAAUGCUCAGUCUGAAACGAUCCAGCAGCGCGCCGAUGAUCAACCAGAUGAGCGCAGCCAUGUCCACACCGUCUACUUCCUCGUCCAGGGAUGCAGUGUCCUGUAAUAUGUUUUCUAAUCCACCUCGUACGCGACGCUUCAGCACCAGUAGCUUUGGUAAUGUUCCUAGAUUGACACCGCGCAUAAGUCAAUUGAGACAGGAGGAAUCGGUGGACAUCGCUGGCCGGGAGGCGGCGCACGAGAAGGAGAUUCACAGUGCCAUGCAGAUAUCGCAGUCGUGGGAGGAUCUGACCCUGGAGGCUGAGGGAUUGUCGUUCAAGGACUCGGAAUCUCCCAUGCAGCAACUUAACAAGCCCAUCACUAAGAGGCCGUUAGACCCCCUGAGUCUGAACUUGUCUAUCACUGGCUCACCGUUGUGUUCCUCGCCAUCGCCCACAAGAUCUGGACUUGGUCAGAAGUGUUAUUCUCCGAGUUUUCACAUGGUCAACUGGAAGAGCAGCCCUAGCCCCACGAGGAAGUCUUUCGCCACGAGGCGCAGUUUGAGCCCUAUUGCGAUAAGGCCGAGCUGCCUGGGACCAGUCAAGAGGAAAUUCGAACUGGACGAGGCUGGCAGCCACUUGCAACCGCCUGCGAAACGCACUUCCGGCUUACUCACGUCGGCUACAUCUAGGAUAGAUACGCUGAUGAGCCCGCUUCCAAGCAUCAGCUCCGUCGGCACCCCUGAGUCGUUAUCCGGCGCGGAUUCGCCUAGUUUUUCCUUCCGGCCUGUGGACAGUCCGUCACCGGUGCGAACCGGCCUCAGCACCGACGACUCCCCGCCGUUGGACAAUCAAACCAAAAUGUUGGAUCAAGCACAAGUCGACCAGAUUUGCCAAGACAAUCAGAGAUGAACAUGAGGGAGAGCCUCGUCGGACGUGCGAACGCCCAGAUACGACGUGUCAUACCGAUCCCUGCCGUGCCGACGUGGAGAGGUAAUAACAUCCGCACAGCUGUGUUCGCCGAUGGGGAGACAGGACGGUGCUUUUGUUCCUGCUACGUUCGCAAUAGAGCCAUGUUACGAAUGUGAUGCGACCACGUGGAUUUCGCUCGGAACGUUAAUAGUGCGACGUAGCAAAACUGCCGGAAGGGAAGACGAUCACUUGCGAUGCGCGUUUUUCCACGAGACGCCGAUUGAAACUCGAUCAGCAGCAGCAGCAGCAGCAGCGUCCGCGCCUCUUCGUCUCCUCUUUCCCUCCGGCGAACGAUUCACGCCAGGCUACAUAUCGGCGGGAAGACGUUUCACGUGCGCCCCUUACGGUCCGUUGAAUUUAGUGAUAUAUCUCAGUGAGAUAUUCGCGUUCUCCUUCCGACUGGAAUGAUUCGUCCCCGACUAUCUCUUUGUUUCUUCUGAUUCCCAUCUCACUUUCAUGUUGAGCUAUUUCGUAUGUAUGGACUAAUACACGUGAUAAUUGUGCUCCCUCCCCUGAGCUCGUGUCGACUGCUCCGUGUCUUUCGCCUCUCCCCCGUUCGACGAGUCCCCCGUCCUUGUUAUCUAUUUUUAACAUUAGCGAAUAAUGUUUCUUCUCGGACAUUGAGAAAGUGUUGUUCUCAAUGCGACGUCUUCUAACGAGCGUAUUUUGUAGUCAGAGAGCUGUAUCUGUAUAGACGAGCGAGAUAGUGCGUUGAUCGCGCACACGCGUGCCCCUUUGGUCGUCGCGCUUAACCCACGAGCAGCGGGUCAGCCGGACGAUCUAUUCGCGCGCAGAACCGUCGAAUCUUCAGUGCGUCAGAGAGAGAGAGAAAGAGAGGCAAUGUACGGAUUUCUCGGUCCCGCCUGUUGGACGAGGGUUAAUCGCGAGCGCACCGUAAUAUUGUACAGACGUAAUUUAACUGCCCCUUCUUUUCCCCUCGAGCGGUACCUUUAAGCCCUUUUUCAUUAUUGCGUUGUCAUUACCGGCACAUCGGUGGGACUCGAGUCUCCACGGUCGUCCUCGUCGUCGAGAAGCCUCCGCUGCAGGCGCAAUUCGAUUCAGUCCGAUUCUCCCGCGAGAUCGACCGACGGUCACAGCGCGUGAUCAGUCGCGUCUCGGCAAAAAUGCGCGCCUCAUGUCGAGAUUUUCCGUUUGUUUCGCGGGUCGAGUGUCUGUCGGAAAUCGUUAAUCGGGCGAGACUCGAACCCCACCCGCUGUAUCGUGCGUGUUAGCGACUGUCUCCGAUCGCGACAGUGUCUUCUUAGAAGAGGAAACAGCUGAUAAUACUUCAGUAGUUUUACAUAACCU